CGGGCCGGCAGGUUUGCGUGGCCGCUCAGAGUUGCCGGCGCUGGCUCAGCCCGCCGGCGCCGCGUCCCUUCCCGGCCUCCCGUUCCGGGGAAGUUAGGCGCGGAAGCCGGCUCCUGAGGAGACUCGGAGAGGCCCGCGGGCGCGGCGGGGGGCUCCGGGGGCUGCCGGGGGGCCGGCGCGGCCGGGCGGCCAGGGCUCCGGGCGGCCGAGCGAGUGGCCGCGCUCUGAGGGAGGCGCCGGCCGGGCGCGCCCCGCCGCGAAGACCCGGGCGGGGCGUGCGCUUCCCGGACUUUUGUCCGAGUUGAAUCCCCUCCCCGUGGGCCGGGCCUUUCCGGCCGCCCCUGCCGCCGCCCCGCUCGCUCUCGGGAGAUGUUUAUUUGGGCUGUGGCGUGAGGAGCGCGGGCGGCGCGGAGUUUCGGGUCCGAGGAGCCUCGCGCGGCGCGGGAGAGAGACAAGAUGUCCGCCAGAGUGGCGGCCGCCAAGAACACGGCCAUGGAGGAAACAGCUAUAUGGGAACAACACACAGUGACACUUCACAGGGCUCCUGGAUUUGGAUUUGGAAUUGCAAUAUCGGGUGGAAGAGAUAACCCUCAUUUUCAGAGUGGAGAGACCUCCAUAGUAAUUUCAGAUGUGCUGAAGGGAGGACCAGCCGAGGGGCAGCUACAGGAAAAUGACCGAGUUGCAAUGGUUAAUGGGGUUUCCAUGGAUAACGUUGAACAUGCCUUUGCUGUUCAGCAACUAAGGAAAAGUGGGAAAAAUGCAAAGAUUACCAUUCGACGGAAGAAGAAAGUUCAGAUACCAGUAAGUCGUCCUGAUCCUGAACCAGUGUCUGAUAAUGAAGAAGAUAGUUACGAUGAGGAAAUCCAUGACCCGAGAAGUGGCCGCAGUGGUCUGGCAAACAGAAGGAGUGAGAAGAGUUGGGCAAGGGAUAGAAGUGCGAGUCGAGAGAGGAGCUUGUCUCCGCGAUCAGAUAGGCGGUCGGUGGCCUCUAGCCAGCCUGCCAAACCCACCAAAGUCACUUUGGUGAAGUCUCGGAAAAAUGAAGAAUAUGGUCUUCGAUUGGCCAGCCACAUAUUUGUAAAGGAAAUUUCACAAGAUAGUUUGGCAGCAAGAGAUGGCAACAUUCAAGAAGGUGAUGUUGUAUUGAAGAUAAAUGGUACGGUGACAGAAAAUAUGUCAUUGACUGAUGCGAAGACGUUGAUAGAAAGGUCUAAAGGCAAGUUGAAAAUGGUAGUCCAGAGAGAUGAACGGGCGACCUUGCUGAACGUCCCUGACCUUUCUGACAGCAUCCAUUCUGCUAAUGCCUCCGAGAGAGAUGACAUUUCAGAAAUCCAGUCACUGGCAUCAGAUCAUUCUGGCCGGUCACAUGACAGGCCUCCACGCCGCAGCAGCCGGUCCCGCUCUCCUGACCAGCGGUCUGAGCCUUCCGACCACUCCAGACAGUCUCCGCAGCAGCCCAGCAAUGGCAGUCUCCGGAGCAGAGAAGAAGAGAGAAUUUCUAAGCCUGGGGCUGUCUCGACUCCUGUAAAGCAUGGAGAUGACCACACACCUAAAACAGUGGAAGAAAUUACUGUUGAGAGAAAUGAGAAGCAAACACCUGCCCUUCCAGAACCAAAGCCUGUGUACGCUCAAGUAGGACAACCAGACGUGGAUUUACCUGUCAGCCCAUCUGAUGGUGUCCUGCCUAACUCAGCGCACGAGGACGGGAUGCUUCGGCCCAGCAUGAAAUUGGUAAAAUUCAGAAAAGGAGAUAGCGUGGGUCUGCGGCUGGCUGGUGGAAAUGAUGUCGGAAUAUUUGUGGCUGGCGUUCUGGAAGAUAGCCCUGCUGCUAAAGAAGGCUUAGAGGAGGGUGAUCAGAUUCUCAGGGUAAACAAUGUGGAUUUCACCAAUAUCAUUAGAGAAGAAGCUGUCCUUUUCCUGCUUGACCUCCCUAAAGGAGAAGAAGUGACCAUCCUGGCCCAGAAGAAGAAGGAUGUUUAUCGUCGCAUUGUAGAAUCAGAUGUUGGAGAUUCUUUCUAUAUUAGAACCCAUUUUGAAUACGAAAAGGAAUCUCCCUAUGGACUUAGUUUUAACAAGGGAGAGGUAUUUCGUGUUGUGGAUACCUUGUACAAUGGAAAACUGGGCUCUUGGCUUGCUAUUCGAAUUGGCAAAAAUCAUAAGGAGGUGGAACGAGGCAUCAUCCCUAAUAAGAACAGAGCUGAACAGCUGGCCAGUGUGCAGUAUACACUUCCCAAAACUGCGGGGGGCGAUCGUGCGGACUUCUGGAGGUUCCGGGGUCUCCGCAGCUCCAAGAGGAAUCUUCGGAAAAGCAGAGAGGAUUUGUCAGCCCAGCCAGUUCAGACGAAAUUUCCAGCUUAUGAAAGGGUUGUUCUUCGAGAAGCUGGAUUCCUGAGGCCUGUAACCAUCUUUGGACCCAUAGCCGAUGUUGCCAGAGAAAAGCUGGCCAGAGAAGAGCCAGAUAUUUAUCAGAUUGCAAAAAGUGAACCGCGAGAUGCUGGAACUGACCAACGUAGCUCUGGCAUUAUUCGACUUCAUACAAUAAAGCAAAUAAUAGAUCAAGACAAGCAUGCCUUAUUGGACGUAACACCAAAUGCAGUAGAUCGUCUUAAUUAUGCCCAGUGGUAUCCAAUUGUUGUUUUCCUUAACCCUGAUUCUAAGCAAGGUGUGAAAACAAUGAGAAUGAGGUUAUGUCCAGAAUCUCGGAAAAGUGCCAGGAAGUUAUAUGAGCGCUCUCACAAACUCCGUAAAAACAAUCACCAUCUUUUCACAACUACAAUUAACUUAAAUUCAAUGAACGAUGGCUGGUAUGGUGCGUUGAAGGAAGCAAUCCAGCAACAGCAGAACCAGCUGGUAUGGGUUUCUGAGGGAAAGGCGGAUGGUGCUACAAGUGAUGACCUUGAUUUGCAUGAUGAUCGUCUGUCCUACCUGUCAGCCCCAGGUAGUGAAUACUCAAUGUAUAGCACGGACAGUAGACACACUUCUGACUAUGAAGACACAGAUACAGAAGGCGGGGCCUACACUGAUCAAGAACUAGAUGAAACUCUUAAUGAUGAGGUUGGGACUCCACCGGAGUCUGCCAUUACACGGUCCUCUGAGCCUGUAAGAGAGGACUCCUCUGGGAUGCAUCAUGAAAACCAAACAUAUCCUCCCUACUCACCACAAGCGCAGCCACAGCCAGUUCCUAGAAUAGACUCCCCGGGAUUUAAGACAGCCUCUCAACAGAAAGCAGAAGCCUCAUCUCCAGUCCCUUACCUUUCGCCUGAAACAAACCCAGCAUCAUCAACCUCUGCUGUUAAUCAUAAUGUAAAUUUAACUAAUGUCAGACUGGAGGAGCCCACCCCAGCUCCUCCCACCUCUCACUCACCACAAGCUGAUUCUUUAAGAACACCCAGCACUGAGGCAGCUCACAUAAUGCUAAGAGAUCAAGACCCAUCAUUGUCGCCGCAUGUAGAUCCAGCAAAGGUCUAUAGAAAGGAUCCGUAUCCUGAGGAAGUGAUGAGACAGAAUCCAGCUUUGAAACAGCCAGCUGUUGGUCACCCAGGGCAGAGGCCUGAGAAAGAGCCCAGUCUGACCUAUGAGCCCCAGCUUCCCUACAUGGAGAAACAAGCCAGCAGAGACCUCGAGCAGCCCACAUACAGAUACGAGUCCUCCGGCUACACAGACCCGUUUUCUCGAAACUAUGACCAUCGCCUGCGAUACGAGGACCGCAUGCCUGCAUAUGAAGAACAGUGGUCGUACUACGAUGACAAACAGCCCUACCAGCCUCGGCCGCCUUUCGAUAGUCAGCACCCUCGAGACCUUGACCCUAGACAGCACCCUGACGAGCCCUCAGAACGAGGCUAUUUCCCACGUUUUGAAGAGCCAGCCCCCCUGUCUUAUGACAGUCGGCCACGCUACGAACAGCCGCCCAGAACCUCCACCCUGCGGCAUGAAGAGCAGCCAGCUCCGGGCUAUGAUGUGCACAACAGACAGAGACCAGAAGCGCAGCCCUAUCCUGCAGCAGCCCCUAAGUCGGCGGAGCCCAAGCAGUACUUUGACCAGUACGGGCGAAGCUACGAGCAAAUCCCGCCUCAAGGGUUUGCCUCCAGAACAGGCCACUACGAACCUCUCCACAGCGCCGCAGUCGUCCCUCCGCUCAUACCUUCCUCUCAGCAUAAGCCAGAAGUCCUGCCUUCCAGCACCAAGCCACUGCCCCCACCUCCAGCCCUAACCGAGGAGGACGAGGACCCAGCGAUGAAACCACAGUCUGUGCUCACCCGAGUGAAAAUGUUUGAAAACAAAAGGUCUGCAUCCCUGGAGAACAAGAAGGAGGUGAAUGACACGGCCAGUUUUAAGCCUCCAGAAGCAUCCAAACUUCCAGGUGCUCCCGUCACUGGGCCUAAAUCCACCCCUCAGAGCCAGUUCAGUGAACAUGACAAAACUUUGUACAGGAUCCCAGAGCCUCAAAAACCGCAAAUGAAGCCUCCUGAAGAUAUUGUCCGGUCAAAUCAUUACGAUCCGGAAGAAGAUGAAGAGUAUUACCGAAAGCAGCUCUCGUACUUUGACCGGAGAAGUUUCGAGAACAAGCCUGCGGCACACAUUCCUGCCAGCCAUCUCUCAGAGCCUGCCAAGCCGGCUCAUUCUCAGAACCAACCAAAUUUUUCUAGUUAUUCUUCAAAGGGGAAAGCUGAAGCUGAUGCUCUGGACCGAUCGUUUGGUGAGAAGCGCUAUGAGCCAGUGCAGCCCACCCCUCCCCCUCCCCCACUGCCCUCGCAGUACUCGCAGGCGGCCCAGCCUGGCGCCAGCUCUUCUCUCCACAUGCACUCGAAGGGGAUACAUGGUGAAGGUAAUUCAAUGUCAUUGGAUUUUCAGAAUUCUUUGGUAUCCAAACCAGACCCACCUCCAUCUCAGAGUAAGCCAGCAGCUUUCAGAGCACCGCACCGAGACGAUGCCGCUCAGCCUGCUUUAUAUCCCCAGAAAAGCUUCCCGGAGAAAGCCCCCGUUAAUGGAGCUGAACAGACUCAGAAAACCAUCACUCCAGCCUACAACCGAUUCACACCAAAACCAUAUACCAGUUCUGCCCGGCCAUUCGAGCGCAAAUUUGAAAGUCCUAAGUUCAACCACAAUCUUCUGCCAGGUGACACUGUACAUAAACCUGACUUGUCUGCAAAAGCCCCAGCUUCUCCAAAAACUCUUAUGAAAGCGCACAGUUCCACACAGCCUCCUGAGUUUGACAGUGGAGUGGAAACUUUCUCCAUCCAUGCAGAGAAGCCCAAGUACCAAGUAACUAAUAUCAGCACAGUGCCUAGAGCUGCUCCUGUGGGCCCAUCCGCUGUGGAAGAAGAUGAAGACGAGGAUGGGCACACUGUGGUGGCCACAGCCCGAGGCAUAUUUAACAGCAAUGGUGGGGUUUUGAGCUCCAUAGAGACCGGCGUCAGUAUAAUUAUCCCGCAAGGAGCCAUUCCCGAAGGAAUUGAGCAGGAAAUCUAUUUCAAGGUCUGCCGGGACAACAGCAUCCUCCCACCUUUGGAUAAAGAGAAAGGUGAAACCUUGCUAAGCCCCUUAGUGAUGUGCGGGCCCCAUGGCCUCAAGUUCCUGAAGCCCGUGGAGCUGCGCUUGCCACACUGUGCGUCCAUGACUCCUGACGGUUGGUCUUUUGCUCUAAAAUCAUCCGACUCCUCGUCGGGUGAUCCUAAAACCUGGCAAAACAAGUGUCUUCCUGGAGAUCCAAAUUACCUUGUGGGAGCAAACUGUGUGUCUGUCUUGAUUGACCACUUUUAAUUCUGAAGCUACAGGAACUUGAUUAAAUAAUGUGAAGCUGGGUUAAAUUUACCAAGUCUAAAAUGGAACCACUCUAUCAAGUAUUCUAUUUUUCUUAGAAUUGAUACUACAGUUUGUUCAUAUUAAACAUUUGUUUGGACUGGUCAAGACUGUGCGCAUGCCCCUGAACCAUGAGCAGAACACAUGCCGCAAACUGCAUGUCUGCCACUGAAGAACUCUUGCUAUUGGCUGGAGGUUCAAAGAUACUUUGCUCUGUAAUGAUUUUGUACUUGUUUUUAUGGUCACUGCUUCACUUCACAUACUGAUUUCCGUUAAAAUACCAGCCACUAAUGGGGGUGCAUUUAGUUCUGUUAUUUCCAAAGUACAUUGUUUCAAACUUUAUUAUGGCUCUGGCCUAACACACAUAUUUUAUUUUAUUAUGCAUGAAGUAAUAUGCACUUGUUUUUUAAACGCACCUGGAAUAUAUAACCAGUAUAGUGGAUUUAACAGAAGUGUACAGCAAGGGGAAUUUGUGACUUUGGGUGGGGAGGGUUUCAGGUGAAGACAAUUACACACCUCUCUUAGGGAAGGACACCAAAGCAUGUGAGACUGGCUCCGUGGCCUCUUUGGAUCUAGAGAUUCACCAUAUCACCACCGAUGUACUGACCAGCAGGAAUGCCUUACCCUCAUGUUUUUAAUUCUUAGAUCAGUUUCGCUGUGUAUUACUAAGUUCUUAUGGCUUUUGUGCACAUCUAGAUACUGUAUCAUGAACAAGAUUGGAUCAAUGUGGAGUUGGUGGUUUCAGAAACGUAUAAAUCACCCAGAAGAAAAUAAUGGUGUGAUUUAGGGAAUUUUCCUUUUUUUUUUUUUUUGCCAAGGGGCAGUGGUUGUUUUCUUUUGGGCUUGCAUUUGAACACUUUGAUGUUUUAAGGAUGCUUGUACAUAAUGCGUGCAUACCACUUUUGUUCUUGGUUUGUAAAUUAACUUUUAUAAACUUUACCUUUUUUAUACAUAAACAAGAGCAGGUUUCUAAAGGCUACCUUUAUAUUCUCUCCUGUACCUCUCGAGCCUUGAACUUCGACCUCUGCAGCAAUAAAGCAGCAUUUCUAUGACACACACAAGGUCAUUUUUUAAAGAAAAAGAAUGCACAGAGUUGUUACAUUUUUAAGUGCUGCAUUUAAAAGACAGUUAUUCAGAGUUCUCUAGUUUGAUUAAAUUCUUGCAAAGUAUCCUUAUUGUAAUUUGUGAUACAAUGCUGUGCCCUAAAGUGUAUUUUUUUACUAAUAGACAAUUUAUUAUGGCACAUCAGCACGACUUCUGUUCAGAUAAUACACCACUACUUUCUGUUAAUCAUUAGGUGUGACUGAAUUUCUUUUGCAGUUAUUGAAAAUCUCAAAUUUCUAAAUACGCGGAAUAAACUUUUUAAAAUAAA